AUGACCAAAAUACCUCUAAAGGAAAUAACAAAACUAUUCAAUAGACCACGUACUUUGAAAUCAGGUGCUUAUCAAUUCACAGUGCCUGAGAAAAGACCAAGUUAUAAACAUCUAUUAUCAUCUCCAAAAGCUCUUGAAUUCUUAUCACUACCUCCAGAUUCCCCAUCUGAUCCAUAUUAUACUUCAAUUGUCACUGGUGAAAGUUUUUAUAAUGAUGAGAAAAUCUGGCCCUAUGCUCAAGCCUAUGCAGGCUUCCAAUUUGGUCAGUUCGCUGGACAGUUAGGUGAUGGUCGUGUGUCAAACUUAUUCACAUUGGAGACUCCAACUCAAGGGAAGCAAGAAUUACAAUUGAAAGGAGCUGGGAAAACUGCGUUUUCAAGAUUUGCUGACGGUAAAGCUGUGCUCAGAUCCAGUAUUAGAGAGUUUAUCAUAAGUGAGUCUUUAGCAGGGAUUGGCAUCCCAAGUACAAGAGCACUGAGUAUUGGGUUGUUACCAGAUACUAAAGCACAAAGGGAAAGAGCUGAAGUUUGUGCAGUUGUGGCAAGAUUUGCUAAAAGUUGGAUAAGAAUUGGUACUUUUGAUUUAUAUAGAUGGAGACAAGAUCGUGAAGGAUUGAGAGAUUUGUGUGAUUAUGUUAUAAGUGAUGUUUUAGAAACUUUACCAAAAUUCACACCUGGUGAAUUUGAAAAAGAUGAAUAUAAAGAAGUUACUGAAGGUGAAGAAAUCGUGGACGGAUUGAUCAAAAUAACGGAUUCUUCACGUUAUGAUCAAAUGUACAGAGCUAUUGUUAAUUUAAAUGCUAAAACUGUUGCUUAUUGGCAAUCUUAUGGAUUUUUAAAUGGGGUUUUAAAUACUGAUAAUACUUCAAUCAUUGGAUUAUCUAUAGAUUUUGGUCCUUUUAGCUUUAUGGAUCAAUUUGAUCCAAAUUUUACUCCAAAUCAUGAUGAUGUUCAAUUGCGUUAUAGUUUUGCUAAUCAACCCUCGGUUAUUUGGUGGAAUUUGACAAGAUUAGGUGAAUCAUUAGUGGAAUUAUUAGGUGCUGGUCCUGAUAUAGUGGAUGAUGAAUUCUUCAUUAAUAAAGGUAUCAAGAAAGAUCAAGAAGAUCAUGUUAUUAAAAGAGUCAGUUCGAUUAUUAAAUUAGCUGGUGUUGAAUACAAGAAAACAUUUAUGGAAACUUAUAAUUCAUUAAUGACUCAAAGAAUUGGAUUGAAAGAAGUCAAACCUGGUGAUAAUGAUUUAAUUGCAAGAAUGUUGGAAGUGCUAGUUAAAACUAAAGUGGAUUUCAACAAAUUUUUCAUCAAAUUACAAAACUCACAAGACCUAGAUGACAUUUCAACUUAUCUAACCCCAGAAUUAGUUGAACGUAUUGAAAACCCUCAAGAUAAAGUUGAUCAUGAAUUAAAUGAAGAAUUAACAACUACAAUAAACUCAUUCAUUGCCAAAUAUAAAGAAAGAUUAGGUUCAACUUCUUAUGAGGAGCGUUAUUCAAUUGCAUCAAAAGUUAAUCCACAAUUCACUCCACGUAACUGGAUGCUUGAUGAAGUUAUCACUGAAAUGUAUGAUGAUCCAAAUGAUGUUUCCAAAUUAUCAAAAUUACUCAAGAUGAGUUCAAAUCCAUUUGAUCCUUCUCAAUGGGGUGAAGAAUUAAAAGAUGUUGAAAAACAUUGGGUCGGUAGUGAAGGUACUACAAUGAUUCAAUGUAGUUGUUCAAGUUGAUGAGAAUUUUUUUAGCUUUUUUUUCCAAGCUUUAUCAACUCAAGUACGUGAAAAUUGAGUGUAUAAUGGUGUGUGGACUUAUAAAAAGAAGCAUCAUUUUCAAUAUUCCUAUUAAUGACUUUAUGUAUUUGCUUUCUGUAUAGCUUAAAGAAAUGAUUGAUUUAUU